AUGGGCAGUGGUAGAAAUGAAAAUAGGGGCAGGGGUAAAGGUAAAGGCAGUAUAAGUGUAAGAGGUAGAGGAAUGGAAUUAGCUAGGAGCAGGGAUAAUGGAAGAGGCAGUUUUAGUGUAAGAGGUAGAGGAGUGGAAUUAGCUAGGGGUAGAGGUAAGGAUAGGGGCAACAAUUUAUCAUCUAUUGAUGCUAGUGGCAGUGGAAUAACUAGGGGAACUAAGAAUGAUAAGGAUGAGACUAGUAGUGAUAGUUCAGAAGCUGAGUUAGAUAAAAUGGAUAUUGCUAAGGAUAGUGAUGGGUUGAGCAGCUUAGAUUCAGAAGCUUCAAUAUAUUUAUCAUCAGAUGAUGAUGGUGACAAUGAACCAGACCAGAGGGAUCAUUUGCAUGGAUUUUACAAUAAUCCAUUUACAUAUAAUGGAUAA